AAGAUAAAUUAAUGGAAAAAGAAACCCAAAAAUGACGGCCUCUAAUGCAUGGAACUUUUCUCGCUAUGGUUGAUAAUUGAUGUUGUUCUCUGCUUUUCUUUUCUUCCAGGAAAAGUGUUCUUUCUUGUAUCUGAUUCUCUCCUCUUCAUUCGUUUCCCUCCUUAGUGGAAUGGCGAAUUCGCAUCUUCUACAAAGCUGUACCGCUAUUUUAUUAAAAAAAAUACUUCCACUUACCAAAUACACCCUUUUCGCCCUCAUAUAUUCGUGUCCUAUCUUCUCUGCUACAACGUGCAACACUGAAGCCAGUUCCUGUGCUCGUCAGUCUGAAGCCUUUGUUCUAGAACAACAAAUGCAAAGCUUCGAGGAAGGCGAGAAGAAACCUGUUGCUGUGGGGCCUUGGGGUGGUCAGGAUGGAUUUCGGUGGGAUGACGGAGUAUACUCCACGGUUAGGCAAUUGGUGAUAACUCAUGGGGCAGGUAUAGACUCCAUCCAGAUUGAGUAUGAUAAAAAAGGGACUUCAAUGUGGUCAGAGAAGCACGGUGGAAAUGGAGGCAACAGAAUUGACAAGGUCAAGCUUGAUUACCCAGAUGAGUUUCUCACUUCAAUCCAUGGACACUAUGGUAGCACAAAUGAAUGGGGGCGGCCUGUAUUUGUUCGUUCUCUUACUUUACAAAGCAAUAAAAGAACAUAUGGACCAUUUGGUGUUGAACAAGGAACGUACUUUUCUUUCCCUAUGACCGGAGGCAAGAUUGUUGGGUUCCAUGGCAAGAGCGGCCUGUUUCUUGAUGCAAUUGGUAUUUAUUUAAAGCCUGUGCAGCAACAGAAAAGCUUCAAAUCUCUGGUCCAAUCAAAGAGUUUGGUCAAUAAUGGGGCUGAAAAUAUUGGCUACUCUGUGAUACAAGGAAGUGCUGGCAACAGUUAUGAUAUAGUAGUUGCUGUGAGGCAAAAGGACGAAUAUGGCAGUCCUCUUCAGAGCAAACCCUCCAGACAAAUUUCUCGCGAGUCCAGCGAUUCAGAAGCCAAUGAGAAGACACUUAGGAUUGAAAGUUUGCCUUCAAAACCUGAAGGCUUGAUGACGUAUGGACCCUGGGGUGGAACUUCUGGCGGAUCCGUUUUCGACGAUGGAACCUACACAGGAAUUAGGCAAAUUUAUGUAUCACGCAAUAUUGGAAUUGUAUACAUAAGAGUUCAAUAUGAUCGUGAUGGGCAAGCUGUCUGGGGAAGCAAACAUGGAGGGACUGGAGGAUUUAAAACUGACAAGAUCGUGUUAGAUUAUCCAUAUGAAAUACUCACACAAGUAUCAGGGACCUAUGGUCCCUUAAUGUACAUGGGACCGAAUAUUAUCAAGUCGCUUACUUUCCACACCAACAAGGGGAAGCAUGGGCCAUUUGGAGAAGAACAAGGCCCCUCUUUCUCCAACAAACCAAACGAAGGAAAGAUUGUUGGAUUCCAUGGGAGGGAGGGUUUUUUCCUAGACGCUAUUGGUGUACAUGUGAUGGAAGGGAAAGUGAAGCCUGCUAAGCAUUAUCUUUCUGAUGCAAUUGUCCAAGCAGAAGUACCUGUUGCUGAGAUUGAUAAUUCUCCUUGGUCUAAUAAGCUGGUAGUAGCUAAGAGGGGACCAACAGAAGAGGUUGCUUGCUCCGUGGUAAAAGAGCCAGCUCCAUGCGGUCCAGGUCCUUGGGGUGGUGAUGGAGGAAGGCCAUGGGAUGAUGGAGUAUUUUCUGGGAUCAAGCAGAUAUUCAUAACCAGAGCUGAAGCUAUUUGCUCAAUACAGAUUGAGUACGAUCGAAAUGGACAAUCUGUGUGGUCAGUGAAACAUGGAGGCAGUGGAGGAACAGCCACCAACAGGGUGAAAUUAGAGUUCCCACAUGAAGUAUUAAUACGCAUAUCAGGAUACUAUGGCCCUGUGAGCAGGUAUGAGAGGCCAGUAGUGAAGUCACUCACAUUUUAUACCAGUAGAGGACAGUAUGGUCCAUUUGGUGAGGAAAUCGGUACAUAUUUCACUUCAACCACGACAGAGGGAAAGGUGGUUGGUUUCCAUGGAAAGUGUGGGGCUUACUUGGAUGCCAUUGGUGUCCACAUGCAACACUGGCUAGGAAAUACCAGAACAUCCAGAUCCUCUCUCUUCAAGAUUUUCAGUUGAUCUAAUGCUACAUGCUCUUAUCAGCAUUCGUGAACCAUAAACCCAGGCAUGUAUGUAUAAUGGAUAUUGGGUAUCGCAUUUCAACCAGAGCUGCUUGAUUCUAUAGGUCAUCCUGGCGUCUUCCAAUAACACUGCUCUGCUUCAUGUGUACAGAGUCUCCCUAGCUACUUGUUGAUCUCUUUGUACAAUUGCCUGCAAUACUAAUAAUAAUAAUAAUAAUAAUAAAUCCCCCUGUAAAAAUGGGUGUUAGAAA